AUGGUACCUAAGGGUCCGCAGCGUUCCUCUUCGGUAUCUCUUCCAGCCGAGGCCACUUAUACUCCAGAGGUUGUGGAGGUCGACAAGGUCACCAUUGCCGCAGCUCCUGAGCCACAGGUGCUAAAAAAGCCCAUAAGAAUCAAGUUCGUCAAGAAGGCCGCGAAUCCUCUGAUGACCCCGGUUCGGCCGAAAAAGACGGCAGCGAUAGGCCCUGAUGCUUCUCCCAGAUCCGAUGCAGACAGUCCUGACGCCUUGGUUGUCCAGGCCCCUGACAACUGGGAGUCUACCGCAAAGGCGGUCUGA